GGAAAUCGUGUUUCUCAGUUUUGAGAUCUUCGGUCAGUUGCGGUUCAUACUCAAGUUAAGUUUCGAACAACAAAGAUGCAGCGAGCAGCAAGCAGAAGAUCCGAGUCCUCGGAACAGGAAAUGGAUGGACUUGCUGAGGCUGAGUUGGCAAAGUUACAGCGUCAAUAUCGAAUCAUGGACGGCGAUAGAAAGGCUUACUGUGAGGAAUCCCAAAACAUUAUUCGAAGACAAAGGGCACAGAUAGCAUCACUUCAGGAAGAAAGAGAAGAAAUUCAGACUAAUCUGCUUUUAGCCCAGUCUGCUCAAAACACGAAAAAAGAUUCCAACAACAUGGAAGAGCUUUGUAAUCUUUUGUCGGAGCAAGAUUCUUAUGAAAGAUUAAUUAAGGAGGAGACUGAAGCUGUUCGUGCCCUGGAUACUGAGAUACGGCAAAUUGAAACUAAGAUUAACACCCAGCAUAAAAGCAUGGGAGGGGUUCAUUCCAGCCACUUGAGGCAUGUUGGUACACAAAAGCAAAUACGAGUUCUUGAAAAUCGACUUGACAAAGCAACUGUGGAGUUCAACAAACUUCUAACAAGCAACUCUAAACUGAGAGAGGAAAUUGAUCAUUUGCGUUCACAGAGAGCUGUGUUUGAUGGUCUGCAUAAAAAGUUAACAAAGGAACUGGGUGAUCAGAAACGUGUAAUGGGAGAAAUUAUUGAACAAUCUACCCAGGCUUAUGACCAACGGGAUGACGCACAAGCCAAAAUGAUGGCUCUUAAGGAAAGAAAUGAAAAAGAUUUAUUGCAAUACAACAUGGAGUACAAGGAGCUGAUGAGAAUAAUUGACCACGAUGCAAAGCUUAAGUUGUUCAUGAAUAUGAAAUCACAAGAACGAAGCGAACUUGAGGAAGAAGAAGCAGCUAAACGACGUGCAGGGGAAGAGGAUAAAGCUGAAAAAACAGCAGAAGAAACUAUGGAGACAUAUCAAAAAGCUUUCGAGAAAAUUCAAGAAGUCACUGGUGAAGGUGACAUCUAUUUGCUUGUCAGUCGAUUUAUUGAGACUGAGGAUAAAAACUUCGCCUUGUUUAAUUAUGUUAAUGAGCUAAACAACGAGUUGGAGUUGAUUCAGGAGCAAAUUGAUGACGUGCGAAUGCAGAUCGAACAGUUCAAAAAUGAAGGAGUCCAACAUCAGGUUGAACGGCAGAACAUCCUGAAAGGACUUGAAGAAAAACUAAGAAAAACCACAAAGGAAGCAGAUAUGUUUGACAAACAACUUAAAGCAACUGAGAAAAUUCUGGAUCAGUUGAAGGCUGGAAUUGAAUCCGUGUUUGGCAAAAUCAACUGCAACAGAUCCACCAUAUCAGAUAUGCUUGGAGAUAAUGAUGCUGUCAACGAGAACAACAUGAUGCAGUAUCUGGGAAUCAUUGAACAGAAAACCAAUGAGUUACUUCAGAUCCACACCUAUCUUCAACUGAAAGAGCUUGAAAAUAAACCUGAGGGAACACCAGGAACUUCUCCUAUUACAACUGCAGCUUUAUUAGGGGGACCGGCAGCUCCUCCCAUUCUUGCUCCGAUCCAUAUCGUUCCUCCAUCAACUGAGGAUGACCGAGACGAUGAUGGUGGGGAUUCAGGAGAAGAGUCGGUUGAUUUUGAUCGACCUCUGACCCAGCAUGAGCUAAAGGCUCGUGUUAUGCGAAAUGUCGCGAAAAAAGACCUCGCUGGAUCAAACGCAGUUGCUGGUACCAAACGUCCGGACAAACAAAUGUCAACGUCUGAAAAAACGCCCCGUCUUUCCGAUGCUAAGAAGAAGCCAUCCAAAUAACUUUUAGAUUAUGCAUUGCACUUAACUGUAGAGUAUUAUUUUUAAAAGAAGCCAUCAAUAUUACGUUUAUGCGAACACCAUACAUUUAGCUGAUGUACAAAGCCAUAUAUAUAUUUAAAAAUGCAACUAAGAAAAAACAUGCACUUACAUUGUUUGUAAAAUCAUUGUCCUAAUAUUAAUUUGUCUUUGUGGAUUGAAAUAAAGUCUUUAAAAAGAA